AGGAGACCAAAAAAUCAUCAAUCCAUCUCACUCUUCUAUCAUCCACAAGUUUUAAUCUCAGCCGUUCAGUCUCUCUCCGAUCAUGCCGAUCAGAAACAUUGCCGUUGGUCGUGCCGAUGAGGCCACCCGUCCCGACGCCUUAAAGGCGGCGUUGGCUGAGUUUAUAUCAACUAUGAUCUUUGUUUUCGCCGGCUCAGGCUCCGGGAUGGCUUUUAACAAGCUCACUGAAAAUGGAGCCACCACUCCCUCCGGCCUCGUAGCCGCCGCACUUGCACACGCUUUUGGACUCUUUGUCGCUGUCUCAGUCGGCGCCAACAUCUCCGGUGGACACGUUAACCCCGCCGUCACUUUCGGCGCUUUUGUUGGUGGUAACAUCACUCUCCUCCGUGGUAUUCUUUACUGGAUUGCUCAGCUACUCGGUUCCGUCGUCGCUUGUCUCCUCCUAAAGUUCGCCACCGGCGGUUUGGUGGUGCCGGCUUUUGGCCUCUCAGCGGGAGUAGGAGUUUCAAAUGCUUUGGUUUUCGAGAUCGUAAUGACAUUUGGGCUAGUUUACACAGUCUACGCCACCGCCGUUGAUCCCAAGAACGGGAGUCUUGGAACAAUCGCUCCUAUUGCAAUAGGUUUCAUAGUCGGUGCCAAUAUCUUAGCCGGAGGGGCAUUUAGUGGAGCCUCCAUGAACCCCGCUGUGGCUUUCGGACCAGCGGUGGUGAGCUGGUCGUGGAACAACCACUGGGUCUAUUGGGCUGGACCUCUUAUCGGCGGUGGAGUCGCCGGACUCAUCUACGAGGUUUUCUUUAUCAACACCACACAUGAACAGCUCCCCACCACCGACUACUGAAUGGAUGUCUCUAUGUUUCUCAUGCUACUUAGUUUGUUGUCUUUGAAUAUUAAUGUUUUGUUUUUCAGUUUGAGUAAUUUCGUAUCAACAUGGGUUUAUGACCGUCGGAUCUGUUCCGUUGAUUUCUAGAGUGGUAAUUGCAACUAUACUGUGAAUUACCGAUUACGUAUCUAUCUCAUCUUAAGCUUGUCCCAAUUGUAUGCCAUUUUUCCAUCUUGAAUGUCCAUUAUGUCCUUAUCACUUUAUUAGA